UCACAAAAACUUCCGCCUGCCUCCCUGGUCCAGUUCAACAUGGCGGCGGUAGAUGUCAUUGUGGACGGGUUAGUGAGUCUUCGGAGGAGACUGGCUCUCAGACAGAACCUCCCCUGGUUCUUCUUAGUCUUCUCCGUGGUGGGCUCAGUUCUCAAAGACCUGGACCUGGUCCCUCAGUCUUAUUUCAGCAGCAGCAAAAACGUCCUGAACGUAUAUUUUGUCAAAGUCUCGUGGGGUUGGACUCUGCUGCUGCUGACGCCCUUCAUCCUCCUGUCCAACUCGUCCUUCAGCAGGAACGUGUCCUUCCUGGCGUGCCGCUCGUUGUCUCUGGCGGUGGCGACAGCUGUGUGGUACGUCUGCACAGAGACCUUCUUCUACAUCGAGGAUGUCACCGGAGCUUGUUAUGAGAGCAGCUCUUUGCUCCUCACCAACCUGGACUUCCCCAGCAAACAGGCCUGCAGACGGGCCGGUUUGCACUGGAGCGGGUAUGACGUCUCGGGCCACUCCUUCAUCCUGACCUACUCGGCCCUCCUCAUCGCGGAGGAGACGUCCCCGAUGGCGUCCCUGAGGACUGCCGCUCUGUCUCCACUGUCCAGGACGUCCCUGGGCCUGCUGUACGUGGCCCUGAACCUGAUCACGCUGCUGUGGCUCUGGAUGUUCCUCUGCACCUCCGUGUACUUCCACGACCUGUCCCACAAGCUGCUGGGGACCCUGUGUGGCCUGCUGGGCUGGUACCUGACGUACCGGUUCUGGUACCUGAAGCCGCUGUCUCCUGGACUCCCGCCUCAGCGCCAAACUAAAGAACAGAAACAACUCGCCUGAAAACACCAGCCUCUGCAGCUGUAGAGAACCGGGUCCAAACUGGUACUGAGAGCUGUUCUUCCCUCCUCAGACAAGUUCUGUUCGAUAUGUCCUCUAUAGUGUCCUCUAUAGUGUCCUCCACAGUGUCCUUCACAGUGUCCUCCACAGUGUCCUCCACAGUGUCCCUCCACAGUGUCCUCCAUAGUGUCCUCCAGUGUUCAGCAGCUGUCCUGAGGGACGGGCUGCAGACAGACUGACGGGUCAGGGAGGCCAACAUCAGUUUUUACUUUGGUUUGAUGGAAACUGACAGGAAACAAACACCUGGACUGUUUUAGCACUUAUCUGAUCCACUAAAAUAAAAGAAUAGAUUUAAUUAGAAAGUCAUUCUUAUGGAUCAAUAAAGUUCUAUCUUAUCUUA